AUGGGGAAGGACUAUUACCAGAUUUUGGGAAUUACAAAAGAUGCAACUGACGACGCCAUUAAAAAGGCGUAUAAGAAAAUGGCUUUAAAAUAUCACCCGGAUAAGAAUAAAUCACCCAAUGCAGAAGAGAAAUUCAAAGAAAUAGCCGAGGCUUAUGACGUCCUAUCGGAUCCGAAGAAGCGCGAAAUUUACGACAAGUACGGUGAGGAGGGUCUUAAAACAGGCGUUUCAGGUGGGGAAGGUGGUGGACCUGGUUUCACCUAUACCUUCCAUGGGGACCCAAGGGAAAUGUUCCGGGUGUUCUUUGGAUCCGAUGAUUCCUUGGGGUCUUUGUUCGGUAUGGGCUCAGGCGGCAGAACCGUCUUCACUUCGGGAAUGGGUGAGCAAAUGGACAUUGAUGGUGAUUUCUUCGGCGGGGCGUCUCCCCUUAGCGGAUUCUCAAUGCGCGGCAUGGGCGGUGGUGGCGGACCAAUGCGCAGACGAAAUCAAGACCCUCCAAUACAUCACGAUCUUUCCGUUUCUCUGCUAGAUGUCCUCAAUGGGACUGUGAAAAAAAUGCGCAUUACACGAAGACGUCUCAACCCAGACCGAAGAACCACUCGCGAGGAGGAGAAAGUUCUCGAAAUUGAGGUAAAGAAGGGCUGGAAAGCUGGGACGCGCAUCACAUUUCCUCGUGAAGGCGAUGAAACCCCCGGUGGCAAUAUUCCAGCUGAUGUUGUUUUCACCGUCAAAGAUCGAACGCACAAACAUUUCAAACGGGAGGGCGCAGAUGUCCGGUAUAUCGCGAAAAUUAGUCUCAAGAAGGCGCUUUGUGGUGGAGUUAUUUCAAUCCCAACGAUCGAAGAGGGUCAGGUCAACUUGGCCCUCAAGGACGUCGUACAGCAUGGUUCGAUUAGACGAAUAAGUGGUCAAGGUCUACCCUACCCCAAGGAGCCAAAUAGGCGUGGCGAUAUAAUCGUGGAGUUUCAUGUUAUAUUCCCCACCCGCUUGACUGAUUCACAGAAAUCCCAACUGGCAUCCAUUCUACCUGACUAGGCUUGAAGCACCACAGCAAUGCCCCCUAAAACUUCAUCUUGAUAUCCAUGCAACUUCUACACAGUUAUGUGACGUUAGCAUGGUUCUCUUUUACAUUAAAGCUUCAUGAGCACCGAUA